AUGGGGCUAACGUAUAUAAUAGAAGGUUUAGAUAAUAAAACGUUAUGUUCCAUAAUGCAGGAUUAUGGUGGUUCUCCUUUGGAGUUGUUUGCUGUGGGACUCAGCGUAGAGGUGCUCCGCUCUGCGGCCGGGAAAGCCCCUCCGCAGACUUCCCCGCGGCGGGUCGUCCAGCGCGCAACCCGGCCGCCGGAUGCCUGGCGGGGGUCGCUUAACGGCUGCCGAGCAGCGGUACGUCGGGCGGUGGCGGCGCAGAGCGCGGCCGGCGGAGGGACGCGUGGCCGCCCCCGGGCAACGGCCGCCGUCAUGUGCGGGCAGAGCCUCCUCCUGCUCGGCCUCCUCAUCGUCCUGCUGCAGGCGGUCCAGGCAGGUACGUGCCUUCACCGUACGGUGGCAAAAUCUGACAGCCCAUCUACACCCACCGGUAGACGUAGGAAAGCUAAAGGGUUAUUUUCCUCAAAAGCGAACAUUCAGUACUCAGGAAGUGCAGAGUCAGGAAGCAAUAGCUUAAAAAUAGUGGGAUCCAUCUUAUUUCCAGUGAAAGUUUAUGUCAAGCUGGAUCACAGUAGUCCACAUAUUCUAUGCGUCACAAAUCACCUACGAAACUCAGAAUUGAUUGAUCCAGUAUUCCGGUGGAAUGGACCAGGUGGUUAUCUUUCUUCAGAAAAUAGCAGUGUGCAAAUAUCACCAACGGGAACUUUAAUAUUUGGACACUUCAGAUCUGACCUGAGUGGAGUUUACACUUGUUCCCUUGUUUAUAAGCUUAUUGCUGCACAACCUGAUAAAAGACUCACAAUAAAAUAUCUUAUUUAUGCUUAUUCUGAUCCUCAGUAUUACUAUGAAUUGACAGUCCAGUACCAUGCAGCCCCCUGCAAUAGUUUUCGUAAUACUUCUUUUGGGAAGGUGUUGCUUCAGAUACUCAGCAAGCUCAUUGCUGACCUUUCAUGUGAGGUUUCACUAAUUAAGUCAGAAUGCCACCAUGUAAAAAUGCAGAGAGGAGGCCUACAGAACGAAAUGUUCUUUACAUUUUCAGUUGCUUGCUUAGACACAGAAAACAACAAACUAUGUCCGCAAAGUGCUUGUGAUGCACCUCAUAGAUUAUACAAGGCAAAGGACCUCAUAGAGAGAUUCUUUAAGAAAGAGGUGGAAAUUAGGAAGAAAAGUUCUGAACCAUUGCCUGAAAUAUACUACAUUGAAGGUACACUGCAAAUGGUGUGGGUUGAUCGUUGCUACCCAGGAUAUGGAGUGAAUGCUGUAAGGCAUCCAGACUGCCCAGAGUGUUGUGUUAUCUGCAGCCCAAGAUCUUACAAUCCCAGUAAUGGAAUUCACUGUCUUCAGUGUGACACCAGUUUGAUAUACGGAGCAACAACGUGCUGACAAUAGAGGGAAUGGCAAAGCUGCAAUAGGUCUCAUGCAUUUUAACCUGGUCAGACGCCAUUUUUUCAGACUGUGUCAUCUGUCACAUGACAACAAAA